AUGCCCAUCUCCUCACUGCUCCACGCACCUGCCGUUGCCGCUGCCGCUGCCGCUGCCGUUGCCGCUGCUGCUGAUUCGGCUGCACCUGAUGCCUCAUCCGGCUGCCGGCUGCCGGCUGCCGUCUGCACAACCAUCAUGCCCACCUCGGUGAUCUGCAAUAGCAUCGCCAAGGCCGCCAGCGCCGCAUGUGCGGGCCACGUACUCCUUACUGUGCCACAUACAUGAAUGCCUAAUGCUACUGCGCAUGCUGUCCGCACAGGCAGGUCUACCAAUGCCUGCCAAUCAUGACUGCUCUGCCACAUGUCCCAAUUCACAUGCGCAUCAUGGACUGCGCAAAGCAACAACAAAAACAACAACAACAACAACAACAACAACAACAACAUGUACAUACAAUUGCAUUGCCUGACGCACUGCUAACUACUGCUUCUGCUGCCUUCAUCUACAUAUAUGUAGGUGCAGACAGCGGGGCAUGUGGAUGUGCGCCUGCAGUAUGCACAAGUUCCCACUGGCAUCAUACUGGUAAGAGUGGACAAACCUGAUUCAUGCGAUACGUCACUUCCUGUCGCCAGGCCCAGGCCCUCACUUGGCGUUACUAAAAGGAAGAAAGCCAUUGAAGACGGUGUGAAUGCCAGACAAAUUGCUAUGCCUCGGCCAGCAGCAACAGCAGCAACAACAUCCUCAUCAGCAUCAGCAUCCAGCCCAACUGUCAUAUUUCCACCAAAAUCCCACCUCAUUACCUCUGCUCACUAUGUGACAAUCAUGCAAGGCAUACCUCCGUUGCACUUAGUAGACAUUCGGCACAACCAUCCUCAUGCGCAAUGCAAACGACCGAUCUGUCUCUAGUCACACAAUGCCCAUCUCCUCACUGCUCCACGCACCUGCCGUUGCCGCUGCCGCUGCUGCUGCUGCUGUUGCUUCGGCUGCACCUGCUGCCUCAUCCGGCUGCCGGCUGCCGGCUGCCGUCUGCACAACCAUCAUGCCCACCUCGGUGAUCUGCAAUAGCAUCGCCAAGGCCGCCAGCGCCGCAUGUGCGGGCCACGUACUCCUUACUGUGCCACAUACAUGA